AUGGUGGAACUUGAAGCAUUACUUCCACAACCGUGAUACAGUCUGCCCAGCUAUAUCUAGCCUACCUUUUCUAAUAACAUUUCUACAACAAAUAAUAUAGCAAAGAUGAAGGUGUCAGCUUUCUUGUUUAUGUUCCUUGCUGUACUCGCGCUCUUCGUGGGAAGUAGUACUGCAGCGCCUAAACUUAACGUUGGCGCUAUUAAGAAAGGCGGAAAAGUUAUCAGGAAAGGCUUUGGCGUGCUUUCCGCUGCGGGUACGGCUCACGAGGUCUACAACCACGUCAAAAACAGACGAAACUAGAAACUUAUAUAUUUUACUUAAAG